AGCGGGCUAAGAGAUGAUGCAAAAUGAGUCCAAUCGUUUCCUGUUUUGUUCGUGUCGUUGUUGUUGGCGGUAGAGAUGCUUCCGUUUUGCAACCGUGAAGGUGUUGCCUGUGGCUGCUCUCUUGCGUGUAAAUACAGCACUGAGCUAAAUAGAGUGGACCUUGGUUAGGGCCUGGCAGGUUUGCAGACGUAGCUGGUGUGCCUGAGGCCACAAAUUAAAUGGGCGACGACGACGAGACAGAGGAGUAAUCGAUGUUUGCAGAUGCAUGUUCGGAGUCUUUAAUGUCACCGAACAUUUUUUUUGUUUGAACCGAAGACCGUAGAACAACCCUUCUAUUUACCGAACAUCCUCCUCUUCAUGCCCAACUAACUGCAUCUCCCUUGCUUGCAUCCACAUCUUGUUCCGCCAACUGCAGCUUUCAGCGUCUGGGAGAAGAAAGAAAAUGGAUCCAUCAGCACCACCGCCACAUGCCUCCAGCUCUCUAGAUUCAGAUUUUGAUAUACAAAAUCUGCAACAUGGAGUGAAGACAGUGUGGUUCAAACCUAGGGAGGUUCUCGAGAUAUUGCAGAACUAUGAGCGGUUCCCAAUCCAAUACAAGACCCAGAAGCCACCAAGUGGUUCUUGGUUUCUUUUCGACCGUAAGGUACAUCGCUUCUACCGGAGUGACGGGUAUCAGUGGCAGAAAAGGAUGGAUGGGAAGAGCGAUUAUGAAGCCCAUGAGUACCUUGAGGUUGAUAAUGUACGUGCACUGAAUUGCUACUCUGGUCACGUAGAAAAAAAACCUACAUUCCAGAGGCGGAUAUAUUGGACGCUUGAACCGGCUUACCAGCACAUUGUCCUUGUCCACUAUAGAGACGUCCUAAAGGUUUGUCUCUUGUUUUAUCUUCCUUUUGUCACAACAGACCUGCAAUUCUGAUACUUAACACUAGGAUGAGUGAAACAAUAACAUUGGUCUACUAUCCGCAGUUCCGUAUUCACUCUCAACUGUUGGAAAUAUUUUAAGAUAUCAGAUUAAUCACUGGGGCAAAGAACCAGUGAAAUUGAACUUGAGAUUGUGUAAACUUGUAUUGGUUAACACACCUAUUAAGCUAGUACAUAUGACUGGCAACAUAUAUCACGUGCUCACUCACACUCCGCUUCCUACGAAUCUGGAAUCAGAUUCCUUAAAAUUCAAGUGCAGAUGGUGAGAUGUCCAAAUAAUCGUCUCGAUAAUUUUACAGUGUCUAAAGAGAACCGGAGUAACUUUUUUUUAUUAGAAAACACUCAAAUUUUGUACCGUCUGAUCUAAUGAACUCAAGUAAUCCCAUCCGACCCCGUGCACCCUCCACACCGUGUGUUCCAAACCCAACUCUAUUCCCAGGACACAAAUUUCAGUUUUCAAAUCUGGAUAUGGACAUUUCACCUCUCUAUUUUGAACAUGUGAGAAUCAACAUUCCCCCAUCACCAUCACAGUGGGACACAAAAAAUAUACUCCCUCUGAUCCAUAUUAAUUGAUGCACACUUAGUACAACUUUGUACUAAAGUUGUACUAAGUAUGCGUCAAUUAAUUUGGAUCGGAGGGUGUCGUGGUUUUGUCACGGUAGAUGUCCUAGUGAAAGGACUUAGUCGUAGAGCCAUCGCGACAGGUUAGC